CUCUCUCUGAGCGACCAUGUUUCUUGCUCACACACCGUGCAGUCUUGAAUUAUAAUGAAUAUGUUUCCACAAACAACAACUUCUGCAGCCUGUGUUUAUUAACCAAUAGGAACAUAAUGGGAAGCUUUGCAGGAUGCGCGUCACUCUGUAUUUACGUCGGGUUUGCUCGCGCGCUGCGUCGCUGAUCGCGAGGACGUCAGAGGAAAACAGUCUCGUGCAUUGACCACAAGCGUUAUUGCGUCAGCGUGGAACAGGGGAUAGGGUGGUAAACUUUCAGUUUUGAGUGUUGUGUUUACCUCUUCGAGAUGGCGGGGGGCAUUACAGAGACAGGGGAGCCGUACUCACCUUUUGUUGGCCUGGUGUACAUGUUCAAUCUGAUUGUUGGCACCGGUGCCCUGACGAUGCCCAAAGCUUUUGCAACAGCUGGUUGGGUAGUCAGCUUGUCCCUCAUCUCAUUCCUGUCUUUCAUGAGUUUCAUGACCACCACAUUUGUAAUUGAAGCCAUGGCUGCUGCCAAUGCCCAGCUGCGCUGGAAGAGGAGAGAGCAGGAAGAGAUCAAUGACAGCAACUCCAGCUCGGACUAUUCAGAUGACGAGGACAUUAUCCGGGGACGGUCAGAACCCAUCGAAACACGGCCCAUUCUCUCAGUCCAGCGUGCCACCAAUAUAGACCACUUUGACAUUGUCGAGAGAGUCGAGAUGGGACAAAUGGCCUCCAUGUUUUUUAAUAAAGUUGGUGUCAACAUGUUCUACAUCUGCAUCAUUGUGUAUCUGUAUGGAGAUUUGGCCAUUUAUGCUGCUGCUGUACCAGUAUCUCUGAUGGAAGUAGCUUGUGGGAAUCUCUCAUGCAGUGCCGGGAGUGUGAAAUACAAUGACACAGAGUCGUGCUGGGGACCCGUAAGACGUAAAGACGCCUACAGAGUGUUUCUGGCUGUCUUUACACUGCUUUUGGGGCCCUUCGCCUUUUUCAAUGCGCAGAAGACCAAAUACCUCCAGAUCAUCACCUCUGUCAUGAGAUGGAUUGCAUUUACCAUGAUGAUAAUCCUGGCUUUGAUCCGUAUUGGCAAGGGGCACGGGGAGGGCCACCCACCUGUGGCACAGAUCUCAGGUGUGCCCAACCUCUUUGGGGUUUGUGUGUAUUCUUUCAUGUGCCAGCACUCCCUGCCUUCACUUGUGACGCCCAUCUCCAAUAAACAACGCAUGAGUGUCCUGGUCAUGGCCGACUACAUUCUCAUCCUGUGCUUCUACAGCCUUCUAUCCUUCACAGCUAUCUUUUGCUUCGAUAGUUCCCUGUUGCGCGACAUGUACACGUUAAAUUUCACUGAUAACUGCGACGUACUGGGAAUUCCAGUGUUGCGCUACUUCCUGGGCCUCUUCCCGGUCUUCACCAUUAGCACCAACUUUCCCAUAAUAGCCGUCACACUACGCAACAACUGGAAAACUCUCUUCCACCGGGAUGGCGGCACCUACCCUUGGGUGGUGGACCGCAUUGUUUUCCCACUCAUUACUCUGGUGCCACCCAUAAUUGUGGCCUUCUGUACCCAUGAUCUGGAGUCACUUGUGGGCAUCACUGGUGCAUAUGCCGGCACGGGCAUUCAGUAUAUCAUCCCAGCCUUCCUGGUAUACUUAAGUCGGCGUCAUCUUGAGCCUGUGCUCGGAAGGGAUGCAGUAAAUAAGCACAGGUCACCGUUCAGGCACAGUUUCUGGGUGUGGUUUGUGAUAUUGUGGGCAACAUUCUGUCUAAUGUUUGUUACGGCUAAUAUUGUCCUUACCGAAACCAAGAACUGAAUAAAAAUGAUUUUUCUUUGUUAAAGCCUGACUGGUUUGUUGUCAGAUUAUACCUUUGCAAAGGUGACAUCAGCAGAAAUUCUAUUCAGUCUAGUUUAAUGAAAUGUUUAAAAGGGACCAAAAGUAGUUUUGGCAUUACUUGAAAAGAUUGAUUGAAGAUUGAAAAGGAGAAACUUAAUGUUUGUUCUCUCACAAAUCCACAGUCCUUUAGUGAAUGUUCUGUUAGCUGGACAUAGCAAAACUGGUUUAGAGAAUUUAAAACAUUUGAGUAACUAGACGUACUCAUUCAAAUCUUGUUUGAGUCUUUGUUACUUUUUCUUGUGUCGUUCUUAGUCGGGUGAAUCUCAUGAAAACAGUGAAUAUUUCAAUUCAAAUAAAAACAAAGUUUGAAAUUAUGUUUUUGCAUUAUGAAAAUGAAGCCUAAUUUUAGGACCAUCAAGAUGUUAUGCAUUGUAAGAUUAUUUUUGUGACAGUUAAGCACAUAUAUCCCUCCAAAUACUCAUUAUUGUAAUGCAUCCUGUCGUUUUAAGUUCUUGUCAUUCUAAUACAGUUCUCAUAGAUAAUCAGUAUUGUAAUGCAGUUAUUUGUAUUUCAUUUUUUAAAUUACUGUAAUACAAUGAUUAUUUUAAUUAAAAUUAGCAUUAUUCAUAGGCAGUGCAACAAAUACUGUACUAUCAUGAUGUAUAAGUACUCUACAAUGUAGUUAAUGCAUCACUGUUUUUUCUUUUUUUUUAAUACAGUCAUGUAAAUUAGAUUAUUUUACAUUACAGUAAUGAAUUUUUGGGGGUGCUUAAUUGUCUGAAACAUGUCACAAUGCAAACAUUCAUUUUCAUUUUUCUUUAAGCAAAAUUUCAUAUCUCUCUCUUUUGAUUUUAGGGUGAAAAAUAACAUUUUUGACAGGUUUCGUGAGAUUCACCCUGUCGGCCUCUGAUCUUAGGGAGACACAGUGAGCUGUUGUUUCUUUGUUCUUCUGAACUUGUUGAAAAACAAUAUUCAGCCAAGAACUAGCAUACCAAAAAUAUUCGUAAUAUUCAUAAAGCAAAUACAAACAGACUGACAAUAAACAUUCUUUGUUUCGUCUUCCAAACCUUGGUUCUGUCUGAGAUCAUUAGUGCUUCACGGCUGGCAUUUUCAAUGCUCCUAACUGCCUGCUGGCACCUCGCCGUGUCUCCUGCGGUGACUGAUGGUGACACAAGCGCAUCGGUUGUCUGAAUAAUGCGUUCGGCCCUGGAGUUCAAUCGCAGUUCAUCAGCAGAUUGAUAGAGCCAUUGAAUCCUUCCAUAUGUUCUCCAUGUACUGACGUCCUGCCGGUUCUCAAACGGACCCUUAGGGAGGCAGAAGUGGAAGACGAACCUGAUAUUGAAUGGACGCAUCUGCCUCAUGAUCUAUAGAGAGAGAUGUCUGUUAUCAGUUAUCAGUGUAAAGAGCAAGUCACUACAAAAUGAGUCACUAUAAUUCUGAUGAAAUUGUCCUGAGUUUGGCUUGAAUUCAAAUCUAUAUCAAUGGCAGCUGAUUUCCACCCUUCCUUUUAUUUAUUUUUUGCAUAUUGCCCGUUUUGGUAAUUUCUGUUGGCUUCUUUAAAUAUAAUUUUACAUUUACAUGGGGAGGUUUGAUUGUUUUUUGUUUUGUUUUUUGCUUUGCUUUUUUGUUUUAUUUUUGUUUUGUGGUUUUUGUUUUAUUUUUUGUUUUGUUAUUGUUUUGGUACUUUCUGUUGGCUUCUUUAAAUGUAAUUUUACAUUUACAUGGGGGGGGUGGGUGUUCAUUUGUACAUUUUGUUUUGAUUGGUUUUUGGUUUUGUUUUUUGCUUAGCUUUUUUGUUUUAUUUUUGUUUUGUGGUUUGUUUUAUUUUUUGUUUAAUUUUUUUGUUUGUUUUGAUUUGUUAUUGUUUUUUAUUUAUGUUUUGUGUUUUUGUUUUGUUUUGAGUUCUUUGUUUUUUUUUUUUUUUUCAGGCUCUGUCCACCUUUCAUCUGCCUCAGGAUUUGGAUGUUAUAGUUUUUUGUUUGUUUUUCUUUUUUAUGUUUUUGUUUCAAGUUUUUUCCCCCUUUUGUGUUUUUGUUGUUUUUUCCACCUUAUGUUUGCCUCAAGAUUUGGAUGCAUUUGGAAUCUAUCACAAAGCUCAUUAGUUUGUCACUUUACAUGAUUUCCUUUGUGUUUUUGACUGCGGUUGAUUUGCUUGAUCAUCUGUGACUUGUUUGAUACUAUAAACUGAUUGCUGCUCUCUAUGAGAGCACUGCCUCCCGAUUUAAAGUGGCAUUAAAACCAAAACUGCUCUAACCCAAGGCAUUCUGCCUCUAUUUUGGGUUUGUGUUCAAACUGCUAUUGAUUUUGAGGGAAAUAUAUCAUUGUAAAUACGAUGUUGUUUUAUGGACAGAACGGAAGUCUCUUUUCUAUUCAGCUCUUACUCUGAUACUGUUUUCCAAAAACUUUAAACUGUAAAGAAUUGUAAUUGGAGAUAGUACAUGCAUUGGCAUACAUGUCUCCCUGUUAAGCACAAAAACUACAUUAGUGAAAUGGUAUAAUGUAACCAAAUGAAUCUGUCCAUGUAUUUUUUUUUUGUUUGUUUUUUUUUUAAUUAAACAAAUGUGCCUUUUUCCCAGGAUCUUCCUACCUUUACCUGAAUGAUUAUUUCUCUCUUUCUGGUUUUUCUCUGUUAUUCAAGACAAAAAAUAUGUCUUUCAUGCCUCUGUGUUGUGCAGCCCAUCAAAAACACUUGCAUGUAAGUCACUUCAGAUACAUGACAAUCACCUUCUACCACCGUCUCGUUAAAAUAAACAUGGAAAUACUCUUUCAUCUUUGA